AUGAUGAGAAUUUAUCGAAGAACUUACGCCGAAUGGGCCGAUAAUGUAGCCCAAGUUGUCAAAGCACUCGGCAUCUCACAGAUUGACUUGUUUGGCUUCUCUAUGGGAGGUUUUGCAGCUCAGAUGGCAGCUCUUAACUACCCAACUCUUGUUCGCAAGCUUAUCCUUGCGGGAACCGGUCCUAGUGCCGGCGAAGGUAUCGAAGGCGGUGAUUCGGCCGCAUUUGGGCGUCUAGCUGCAGCUUCUAAUGAUGAAGAAGAACACGGGGGCUUUUUGGAAGCCUUUUACUCUCUGACGCCAACAAAGCAGACUCUGGGCGACAAAUGGUGGAAGCGUAUGACGACUGCUCGCUCAAACAGGUCUGACUACGUGGGACCUGAGGGCACAAAGGCGCAAAUUGACGCAGUUCUUCGCUGGUCAAACCGUGAACAUGCGUCAGAAGGCUCAUAUGACUGCCUGCAUGAGAUCAAGAUCCCCGUUCUUGUCGCAAAUGGCGAUAAUGACAUUCUCAUCCCAACUGUCAACAGCUGGGUCAUGUUCAAGAGGUUGACCAACGCCGAUGCUCAUCUGCACUUAUACCCGGAUGUGGGACAUGGGUUCCUGAACGAGUACGCGGCCAUGUUGGAAUACUUUCCUACAAACACCGAGUACCAGCAGAUUCUCACUUCCGAUUACGAUAUCGGUUGCGAGCGCCGAAUAUUCGAUAUAGAUUGGUACCCAAGUCUAGCUGAUCCUCGCCUCGAGCUCACUACUCUGGGGCUCAAAAGCAAUAGCGACAACGCUGCAAUCCUUGCGCCGUGUCGGAAGACACACCCAUCGGAAGCCGAUAAAGAUGAAAGAGAAAUACCUCGUGACGUUAUUGUCCUUGCCAACGGCUUCGAAGUGAGCAGGUGGUUCCACCCACUAACGGUUGUCGGUGUAAACGGACAAAAUUUGGACUCUGUAUUUGACAGCAGAGGGGGGCCUCAAAUGUACAAAGGGAGUGCUUUGAAUGGGUUUCCAACCUGUUUUGCCUUGUUUGAUCCUAAUUCUUUUAGCGGACUCUCAAGUGUCAUCUUCGGUCUGGAGAAUCAGAUUACCAUGCUAUUCAGCGAAUCCGUCCACUAUUGCAAUUUGAGGCGCCUUGAAAAAUAUGGUUUGGAAUAG